AUGGUCUCCGACAAUAUGAUGAUCAUGUAUAUACCCCCCGCCAUCCACAUCAAACCGUCAACACCAGCACACCUUAAUAAACACCUCAGCAUCUCAGUCACCAAUCCCUCGCGGUCUAAGAACGCCAUCGACAGCCAGAAUUCAGGUCACGUGCCAAGUAAGUACCCCGAUGGCGCGCGGCCAUCACGGUACUAUCCACACAUCCCCCACCCACGCACCCAGCAAACACACGACACCUCCGCUCACGAUUGCAGAAAGAAAAAUCACAAAGAAAACUGCUCUUUGUAUCUGCGAACUUGCAUCCAAUAUCCAAAGCAUGUCCCACGAAUCAGUGUGGUAUUCGCGGCCGCGUACCUACGGAAAAGGAUCACGGAGCUGCGUAGUGACAGGCUCGCGCAAGCACGCGGGUCUAAUCCGCAAAUACGGACUCAACAUGAGCCGACAAGCGUUCCGGGAGAAGGCGGCUGAGAUUGGAUUCGUCAAGGUGUGUGUUGAUUUUCUUUCCUGUGUUGACUAGGACAUGUGGAUCGGACUAACAGACUUUAGUACCGAUAG